UGUGACACGCAUGUGAUAUGAAUAGUUUUAUCAGUGAUAUAAAAGCAUACAGUUGAUUGACGUUAGAUUCCCUUUAUACUCCGUUUGUAUAAAAUAGUAUCUUAUAGUAUCUAUAAGUAGUUGGAUGACAACUAGACCUCAUAAUACUAGCUCAGUGUUAAUACUGACAAUGAGUCAGUAAUAGUCCUCCGAAAGUACCUUACGAACAUUUAUUCUAAGAACAAAUUUCAGGAGUUGGUCAUCCACGCUUCCCCCCAUCCCCCUCGAUUUAUCAUAAACAAAUUAUAAAAGUGGUGUUAAGAAGAGAAGAGCACACUCUGAAUAGUUUUCCAUCAGGAAGACUUUGACUACGUAGAAUAGACCCUUCCGAAAGUAUAACUAUUGUUCCUUUACGCGGAAUCCAACAUAGUAAAUUAAAUUUGAAAAAACUUCUCAAACAACAUUAUACAAAGUUAGAAAUGACUAAGUAUAAAGUAAAGGUUGGAAUAAUUGGUGGUUCAGGCCUAGAUGAUCCUCAAAAUCAAAUAUUACGUUGUCAAAAUAUAAUUACGCGAGAAAAGGCUAAAAACGAGUUUGGAUUACCGUCGAGCGAUCUUUAUCACGGAAGUCUUAAUGGUACAGACGUAGUGUUAUUAUCAAGACAUGGACCAGGUCAUAAAACAAGUCCCACUGCAGUAAAUUAUCGUGCGAACAUUGAAGCUCUACGCUUAGCUGGAUGUACUCAUUUACUUGCUUCAACAGCAUGUGGCUCUUUGCAAGAAUCUAUUUGUAGGGGACAGUUAGUUAUUCCAGACAGUUUCUUAGAUAGAACUAUAAAAAGAAACACAACAUUUUAUGAUGGCACUUCACCUAAAUAUUUUGGGGUGUGUCAUAUGCCGAUGGAGCCAGCUUUUGACCCAACUACAUCUCAAAUAUUGUUCGAAGUUGGUAAGGAAAUAGGAUAUGACAUAAAAAAAGGAGGAACGAUCGUGACUAUAGAAGGACCAAGGUUUUCCUCAAAAGCUGAAAGUAAUGCAAUGCGUUUAUGGGGUGGACAUUUAGUUAAUAUGACUACAUGUCCUGAGGUAUAUUUGGCAAAAGAAGCAAGACUUUUAUACGCAGCUGUAGCAAUGGCAACUGAUUAUGAUUGUUGGAGGGAGUGUGAAGAUAAUGUUCAUGCAGCUGAUGUAAUAAAAGUAUUUAAACAAAAUAUCAACAAAAUAAAAGAUAUACUUACAAAGGCAGUUAAACUUAUUGGCGAAAGAAAUUGGGACAAGGAAAUUGAUGCUUUACAAGAGUUACGUCAGAGUAGUAAUGUUUCUUCUCAUACUUUAUAAAUUUGAGUGUGUGUAUUGUGACAAUAAGAAUCUAAUUCAUAUUUUAGGUUUAUACUAACCUUGAUAUAUAUAUAUAUAUAUAAUAAUAAAAAAUAAAAUUUAUAUAUUUCUUGCAAAGAUUUUGAGAAUAUAUAUUAUUUUAAUAAAUGAUAUAGAAAAAAUAAAAUACAA